AUGUCGCAAGAAACAAAACAAAAAGGUUUGAAGCAGGAUGACUUUCGAAAGUUGUUGCAAACUCCAAGGCCUGGAGACACCCCGGCUAAAGGAAUGCUUGGUAUGGCAACUCCGAGACAGAGGCCACCACAGACACCAAAAGUUGGAACAUUUGCAAAACCGGAAAUACCUUCUGUAAAAUCAAAAAAGAG